UCUCCCUCUCCCCCUCCUCCUCCUACUCCUCCUCUUCUCUCUAUUCAGUGCUGAAGAGGAGCCCAGGGUCCAGAUACCAGAUCAGGGUCUCUUACGCUCUUGACGGUGCGGCAGGACUUGACGCUGUCGCUGAAGGCCAUCCACUGCUGGUUGUCGCUGUACUCUCCAGGACACAGGACGUACUGGAAGCCCUUGUAGGUGGCCCUCUCGUAGACCACCCAGACGCCGCUCUCCACCCGGAUGGAGCUGCAGCGUCCGAAGAACGACUGCAGGUCGGCGCAGUCGCUGCUGCAGGUGUAGCAGCGACCCUGAAACUUCUUCUCCUCGUAGAAAGUGAUCUGUGGAGAGGAGAGAAUCACGAGAGACCUGAAAGAUGUGAAAACAAAUGGAGUGAAAGGAUCAGGUUUGAGUCUCAGGCUUCAUCUCACCUUCCCCAUGGUGGUGCUCUGCAGUCCUGGUCUCCUGCUGCUCCAUCAAAGUAUUUAUCGAUAAAUAAAAUGUGCAGAGUGCAGCAGCUCUUUCAUACUCAAAUGAGGCAGAUUUACAUUUCAGCAGAAUGCGUGUGAGCUGUUUGAUUUGCUUUUGUUCCAGUUUGAUGAUCAGAGUGAAUCAAGCAGCUGCUGGAACAGAGACCGCAUAGAAAGAAAGAUUUUCCACACACUGAUGGAACAUUUUGGCACAUUUUGGCACGCGGACGCAGAAACUAUUUGAUUGUUGUGUGGAAUAAAGAAAAAAAAACAGGUAGCAGAAUCUUUUAAUUCAGCUUUAUUGAUCCCCUAAACAUGUCGUUUAACAUGAGUCUGUGAUGCGUCUGAUGGAGCUGAACCUGGUCAUGUUGUUCAGGCCCAUCUCCCUCAGGCUCCUGUACUCGCCUGGUCUCAGGUACAGCAUGCGGCCUCUGAAUCCGGGCUGCUCGAACAUCAGCCAGUGUCCGUCCAUCACGUUGCAGGACUGACAGUCAGACAUGCGGAGACGGUCCAUCAUGCUGUCGCAGUCGUCGAUCAGCUCGUGCAUCUGGCCCCCGAAGUUCUCGCGCUCGUAGAUCUUGGUCUUGAAUGGCCCACGGUGCUGUGAGGGGGGGAACCGUGACCACACAUUGAUCAUUAAGACAUAGAGACUUCUAAAUAAAGGACGAGGAGGAGGAUAAAAACGCCUCUUUUCACCUUCACCACAUUUAAAAACAUCAGACACAUCCUAGUCUCAAAUUAUGUCCAUAAUCUAGGCUGGAUUACUGUAAUCUAAUCUCUGGUUUAGUUACCUGCAAUUAUUUUAUCUAAGUAAUUUCUGUCUAAUGUUAUGUAAUCUGACCUAAUCUAAUCUAAUCUCUGGUGUUUCUAAUGUUGAGUAAUCUAAUUUAAUAUUCUGUGUUUCUAAUUUCAUAAUCUGAGCUAAUCUCUAGUCUUUCUAAUGUCACAUAAUCUAAUCAAAUCUGUGGUGUUUCGAAUGUCACGUAAUCUCAGCUAAUCUCUGCUGAAACAACUGAACACUGCUUUGGACUGUCUGAUAUUUGGUGUAUUUUAUGUAAUCUCUGUAGUUUCUAAUCUAAUGUCUAGUCUGAAAGUGUAAUCUGUGCGUUUCUCUGUCACCUCUGGCUAAUCUAUUUGAGCUAAUCUUCAAUCUCUCUGGCAAUCUAUUCUCUGUUUUAAUAUAAUCUGUACUUCUAAUCCCUGGUGUGUAUCAUCUAAUCUCUGGUGUGUACAUACCUGGGGGAUCAUGCGGCUGGACCGGAUGCAGUCGCUCAUACUCAUGCCCAUCAGUCUCUGGUUAUCAGGGUACUCGCCCCUCCUCACCAGCAUCUGGUGGCCCAUGAAGUUGGGCUUCUCGUAGACCAUGAAGAGGCCGCUCUCCACCCGGCAGGAGUUACACCUGCUCAGGAAAGAGGUGAGCUCAGGGCAGUCGCUGCUGGUCUCAUAGGAACGGCCCUGGAAGUUCCUGUCCUCGUAGAAGAUAAUCUGAAAGAGAGUGUGAGAAACAUCGGUCAGUGAGUUCUCUUUGCAAAGAGGAUGUGGUGAAACCAAAAGGAGAUAAUCGCUCCCUUACCCUCCCCAUGGUCAUGAUACUUGGGAGCUAAUCUCAGAUGUACAGCUUUGACAUCCACCGUUGUCCCUUUUUAUACAUUACACAGCCUUAGCAUUUCCACAUGGCUUGUGCUGAAACCUUUGAGUCAUCAGUCUACAUUGUGUAAGCGUGCAGCUCUAUAGGAUAGCAGACCUCACUGUAUGUUGGAAUCUGCUGCAGUUACUGUUGUUUGAAUAUAUGGCUUUAAUGCUGGAUGCCAUUCACUGAUUCAUAAGGAUGUGAAUGAAUGAUGCAACGGUACAAAUCAAUAAACAGACACAUACAUGUGGUCUUGUCGCUUUUCAGAGUUAAGACGAAAUGUGAAGUUUGUUAAAUGUGAUGAGGUUUUGCUUCUGUGAUGACCUUUGAUGACCUCUAUACACUACAUUCGCCAUACAAUAAGAAGAAUUCAGGUGUGUUUAAAAUGAAUGCAGACCACGUGAAUUCUGGUGAUGAGUCAUGAUGUUUCACACAAAAGGUAGGACAGGUGGUCUGCGGGCAAUCCUCCUUAUAAAAGUGGACCUGAGCUGGCAGCAGGAGCGAAAAAGACCAGAACCGUCAUCAUGGGCCGGAUCAUUCUCUACGAGGACAAGAACUUCCAGGGUCGCUCCUACGAGUGCAGCAGCGACUGCUCCGACAUCCACAUGCACUUGAACCGCUGCAACUCCUGCAGGGUGGACAAUGGCUGCUUUGUGGUGUACGACCGCCCCAACUUCAUGGGGAACCAGGUGUUCCUGAAGAGGGGCGAGUACUCUGACCUGCAGCGCAUGGGAAGCAUGAUGGGCAUGAUGGGAAUGUCCCUGAUGGACAACAUCCGCUCCUGCCGCAUGAUCCCCAUGCACAGGGGUCAGUUCAGGAUGAGGAUCUACGAGAGGGAGAACUUUGGUGGAAAGAUGCAGGAGCUGAUGGACGACUGUGAGUCUCUGCAGGAUCGCUACCUCAUGUCUGACUGCCAGUCCUGCAACGUGAUGGACGGACACUGGCUGAUGUUCGAGCAGCCAGGAUUCAGAGGCCGCAUGAUGUACGUGAGACCAGGAGAGUACAGGAACCUGCGCGACAUGAGCAUGAGCAGCAUGUCCAACAUCAGCUCCAUCAGACGCAUCAUGGACAUGUGCUGAUUGUCUCUAUCUGUGUCACUGAGAAUCUGUGGAUCAAUAAUAAAAUUCAUAUUUUGAAAUA